AUGUCUGGAAAGUUCCUCAUCACCGGCGGCUACGUGGUCACGCUAGACGACUCCCUCGGCGACUUCGACAACGGCGCCGUGCUAGUCGAAGACGGCAUCAUCACAGCCGUCGGCAGGGCACAAGACAUCUCCGCACCAGCUGACGCCGAGAUCAUCAAUGCCGCCGAGGGAGUCGUCAUUCCUGGCAUGGUCGACACCCACCGCCACGUGUCCAUGAGCCUGACGCGCGGGAUCGGCGUCGACCAGCACCUCUGGCACUUCCUGUCCAACACCUACACCCGCUGGCUUCCGGCUACCGGCGUCGACGAGAUGUACACGUCCGCCCUGGUCGGCUGCCUCGAGGCAAUCGAGAGCGGGGUGACGACCAUCAUGGACACCUGCGAGUCGUUCCACUCUGCCGAGCACGCGGAGGCGGAGCUGCGCGGGCUGGAGGACUCUGGGAUCCGGGCGUUCUUCUGCUAUGGCAUGAGCGGAGAUCAGUAUGGCCAGACUCCGGCGGGACGGAGCGGUUGGAGCGCUCGUUUGGCCCACGUCAAGGAGAUGGCGCAGAGAGGCGCGAACGACGGGCUUGUCCGCGUAGCGCUGCAGCUGAGCCAGUCGGGGACGACUCCGUUCUCUUGGAUGGGCGAUGAGCUGAAGCUCGCCCAGGAGCUGGGGCUUCUCUGCUGCUCGCACUCCAGCGCCGUUCCUGCGUCCAAUCUCACGAGUGACCUGGAAGUCCGCGCGGAUAUGGGAUACAUGCUGCCUGGGCAUGUGUACAUUCACUGCACGAACCUGACAGACCACGAGAUGGGCCUCGUCGCGAAGACGGGAGGUAAAAUCGCCCUUGCCACCGAGACCGACAUCCAGAUGGGAAUGGGGUUUCCCCCGCUGAGGAUGGCCUUGGCUCACGGUUUGAAGCCGUCUCUCAGCAUCGACACGUCAAGCGCCGCGGCGCCAGAUCUGCUCUCGCAGAUGCGGCUUCAGCUGCAGCUACAGCGCAGUCUGGAUCAUCAUGCGGCUCACCUCGAACGCCGCGUUUCCAUGAAGAUGGACUUUGGCGUUCGCGAUGCUCUGAUAUGGGGAACGAGGAACGGCGCCGAGGCCGUUGGUCUCGGCGACCAGAUUGGCACUCUCACCCCGGGGAAACGGGCCGAUAUUGUCGUCAUCACGAGUAAACGAGCACUCAGUGGCUCGGCUUUCCCGCUGGGUACGGCUGUUCUGCACUCGAGCCCGGCAGAUGUUGAUCUUGUCAUGGUAGAUGGACGGAUUCUGAAACGAGAUGGUGCCUUGGUGGGGAUUGAUGUUGACGCCAUCCGCGCGAGGGCGAGAGAGGGAAUGAGACGUAUCCAGGCCAAUUUAAAGAAUCUCAGGCCGGAAAUGAGCCCCGAGGAGAUUCGAGAGUUCUUUCUUCAAGGAGAAAAGGCGCACCGCGUCAAUGUUGCAAACGCCUACGCUCAAGGAGGCCAAGUGUCGGACUACCUGAGGUCAUAG